UUUGCUUCUCUGCAGAUGGAGAGGUCCCUGGAACUGGCCAACACGACCAGAGUCCAGCAGUUUGUCUUGCUGGGUUUGUCCACAAGGCCAGACAUAAGGGACGCCCUGUUUGCCAUCUUCCUGACUCUCUACCUGCUGACUCUCUUGGAGAAUGCACUCAUCAUCUACCUCAUCUGCAGCCACAGUGAGCUCCACAAGCCCAUGUACUUUUUCCUGGGCAACCUCAGCUGCCUGGAGAUGUGCUACGUGUCGGUGACCAUGCCCAGCCUGCUGGUUGGACUGUGGACUGGACCCUACCAGGUGCCCUUCACAGCCUGCAUGACUCAGCUCUUCUUCUUCAUUGUCCUCAUCUGCACAGAGUGCACCCUCCUGGCCUCCAUGGCCUAUGACCGCUAUGUGGCCAUCUGCCGCCCUCUGCACUACCCACUGCUCAUGCGGCCCCAGGUCUGCCUGGGCUUAUCCUUGUCCUCAUGGCUUGGUGGGCUGGUGGUCUCAGUGGCCAAGACCACAUGUAUAGCCAGCCUGUCCUACUGUGGCCCCAAUGUCCUCAACCAAUUUUUCUGUGACGUCUCCCCUCUGCUCAACCUGUCCUGCACCCAUGUGGCCCUCACAGAGCUGGUGGACUUCAUCUCUGCCAUCGUCAUCUUCUGUGGAACUCUGCUAGUCUCCCUGGCCUCCUAUGCAGCUAUUGGGGCAACUGUGCUCCGCAUGCCCUCAGCGGCUGCCCGGCGCAAGGCUUUCUCCACCUGUGCCUCCCACCUGGUGGUGGUGGGCAUCUUCUACUCGGCAGCUCUCUUCAUCUACUGCCGGCCCAGCCGCAUCAAGUCCAUGGACCUCAACAAGGUGCUGUCAGUCAUCUACACGGUGGUCACACCCAUGUGCAACCCUGUCAUCUACUGCCUGCGUAACAAGGAGGUCCAUGCAGUGCUGUGGAAGACCCUCAACCGUCCUUGACUCUGGUCUUUCAAACCUUGGACUCUCACUUUCUGAUUCAAAUCUUAUAUCACCCUCAGACACCUUAAAUUACCUUCAAGGACAAGUGAGAAAAUGUUUUGCUGCACAAUAUGCAUUGAGCACAUACUGAGCAGUAAGUAAAUCCAAACUGCCAAAGAGAAAAACAAGGAAAAGUCUAGGAGAAAGCACAACACCCAAGACAAAUUAUAAGUAUCUGCUAAUCCCCAUGAAGAGAUGUUUAACCUAGCUUCCAAAGCAACAAAUCUAUGUUUAAUAUGAAUAUUUAAUUUAAUAUGAAUUUUAGUACUAUACUUCUUAUUCCUACAGGACUAAUAAAACUUAUCCAAUGUAUCUGCAAGU